CUGCCUUGGUGAACGAAAGUGGAAGCACGAGGGUGUGCUUGUUGUAGUACGGUAUCUUGGGAUCGGUCCAUCCAUUGCGACCGUGUUUCCCGUCCCGCAGCACAGGACCGAGCGAGCAAACCAUCCAAAGCACAAGCGAACACAGCAACACACACACACACACAGCGAAACACCCAACAAACACAACCCGAUCCCCAAUGGCCGGCGCGGAGGAAGGGCCGGAUUUGGAUUCCCCCGGGCCGGGCCCUAGCCCAAGCCCAAGCGGAAAAGCCCCGCAAGCUCCGGAAGGACCGAGGGCUCCUUGUCCGGCAGGGGGAGGGGGUCCACCCAAAGCCACACCCGAAGCGGGCGGGAGCAAGGGGCCGGAAAGCGAUCCACCGGGGGAAUCAAGAGCGAAACACCCCUGGAACAGCCCAAAAACGGAACAAAGCGGAGGGGAAAACGCAAGAGCGGGGGCCGGUGGAGAGCCGGGCCGCCCUCCCCCAACCAGGGACGGAAGCACCGCAGGAACGGAGGAAAGGCCACCGCAAGCGGAAGCGAAAGGGCGGGCACCGGCCCGAGUCGGGGGGAAGCAAGAACAAGAACAACACCAAGGGGGGCAAGCGCAGGAGCAAGCCCAAGCACCAGCCCAAGCGCAAGCACCAGCGCAGGAGCAAGCCCAAGCACCAUCCCAAGCGCAACCGGCCGAAGAAGCCACCGCCGGUGGUGUUUCCAAAGACAAGGGGGGGGAACCACCCAACGCAGGGGACUAUGCCAGCGGCGAGGAGAAGCAGAAGGGGAACGGGAACACCGCCGCCGACGGGCCGGGAGAAAGACAGGCACAGACACAGACACACACACACACACAGACGCGACCGGAGGAUUUGGAAUCGGCGACGAAACGAGACACCACGACCACCGGCGAGAACGAGCACGAGCACGAGAACGAGAACGAGAACGAGAACGAGGAGCCUCCCAAACACCGAGAAGGGGCCGAUCCGGGGGCAGCAAGAGCGCCAUGGGAGACCACCGGCAAGGACGAAAAAGAACCGGGAAGCAACACGUUCGAAGGCGUCCCAAAACCGGGUGCGGGAGGAGAGAACGAGGCCGUUGUAGCUGCGGCAGCCGCCGGGAACGCCGGGGACGAGCCGGUGCAAGAGAUCCCAGGUGAUGCCUUCGCUGCCGCUGCCCCCGUCGAAACAGAACGGAAGGAACCGCCGGUGGACGUCCAGAUGGCCGAUUCCGAUCCAGGCGGGGGCAGCAGCAACAACGAUGGCCUCGAAGAACGGGCUGCCAUUGGGACACCGGACGCUGCGCGUUUGGAAGGUGCUCCGAAGGCUCCGGACGGCGAUGCCGAAAUAGUUGAGGCAAAACCUUCCACCGCAACGGCGGAAGAAACGAACGGCAAGGACAAGGACAAGGACAAGGUCAAGGCCGAGGACAAGGACGAGGACAAGGACAAGGACGACGGGGAUCCAGACGAAGACGAUGGCUUUGAAGCCUUUCGAAACAGCAUGCAAGCAAGCCGAACGAAACCGAAGCCACGCAAAACACGCCGAAAGAAAAUCGGGAUCAAGAUCGCGGGCAUGGCCACCGGGAGUCGUGCGCUUGCCCAAGCACGCACGGUCACCCCGGUGGCGGACCCCUGCUGCCUUCUGGAGGAUCGGUGCGGGGGUCUCUCCUUCCCCCUUGCCGAAAACCGGUGGGUCCUCGACGAGAAGGAGCUCGAGGACUCGCUCCGGUUCUUCGAGGAGCCCCACGAGGACCAGGACCCCACCCACCGGAACCUCCUCAGGAAGGAGAAGGAAGACCGCAUCAGGGCCGCCCUUUCCAGCCUCGAAACCGAGGAACAGAGGGGGAGGGAACGGAUCGUGGCGAUCGUGAACCAGCAGCUCCGGGCGAAGCAGGCCAGCACGGACCACCACAUCGAGAAGCACAAGCAGAAACAGGCCGCGGACCACAAGCGGGACUUCUCGCGGCUCCAGCAGGCCUACAACCUGCGCUCGCACAGCAACCAGUCCAAGAUCGACAACGGGGUCGCCAUCCUGCGCAAGAAGCACAAGGACGAGUCCCAGAAGUACCUCCAGCAGCACCAGCAGCAGGUCCAGCGCCGGCAGCUUUCCCCGCAGGUCGCCCACGCCGAGUGGGCCCAGCUCGCCCGGAGGCUCAGCGAGAAGCACAACCGACAGCUCGAGGAGUUUUCCCGGAAGGGAAAGGAGGUCGUCAAGAAGUGCCAGGUGCACUUCGAGCGGGAGCAGGCCAACCUCAAGAACGCCUUCGAGAAGCGGUACCGCGAGAUGGCCGCCCAGUUCGAAACCAUACACAACAAGGUCCACGCCAGCUACAACCAGCUCAAGCACCGGCACAUCAAGAGGCACCUGCAGGCGGUGGCCAGGCGGCGGGCCGUCCUGGAAAAGGAGCUGUUGGCCCUGGGGGACGACCCUCUGGCGGGCCAAGACGCUGGCGCCAAACCCGACAACAAGACAACAACAACAGCACCGAGCCCCCCUUCGUCCCCGGAAAGGCAGACGACACCCGGCAAGGAGGAAGCGACCGCGAUGCGGCCCGUCUCCCCGUUCAAGACGGCUUCCGACUGGCGGAGGGAAUCCCCGCACGCGGCCUCCGGGGCCGCCACCCGCCACAAGCACCGCAAGGGCGUCCUCAGCCAGAUCAACCGGCAGCUCUCGGUAGAGAUCCACAACGAGGGCAUCUGGCUCUCCGAGAUGACCGAGACCAACAAGGCCGAGGCCAGCAAGAAAAAGGACCCUUCCCUUCAGGAGGGGGCCAAGCACUUUUUUCCGUGGGGCGUCCGGGCCCGAAAGAUCCUCGAGUCGAUCGUCUGCGGGGAGGUCCCCCACGCCUGCGACGUCCUGAAGCUGACCUUUGGCGACACGGUCGCCCAGAACGGGGGCCACGUCCGGUGCGUCAUGACGGACCUCCGGACGAGCGACACGACCGCCUCCAUCCAGCGCGCGGAGGCCAUCAUGAAGAAGCAGAUCGACGAGCUCAAGAAGCUCGAGGAAAAGGACAGCGCCUGCUCCUCCAACAUGGAGGAGAUGACCAAAAACAUGGACAUUCUCAAGAAGCAGCGGAACGACCUGGCGGUCAGGUACAAGGAAACCAUGAAGCUUCUCGAGAAAACCAAGCUGCACGCCCAGAAUUUCCGCACCAAGUACGCCAGGUACUUUGGUCCGGGUACGUGUCGCAUCGUGUCUCAUCGCAUCGUGUUGUGUGGUGCCGUGUCGUGCCGUGUCGUUUGAAGCGCAGCAACGGAUUGGCCCGACUCUGCACACUUUCUCUCAGCGUUUUUUUUUUUUCCUCCUCUUUUUCUUUUCCAGACAUGAAGCCGCUGCCCACAAACAACCCGAACGACACCCGAAAACUGGAACAGGCGGCCCUGAAAUUCAACCAUUCGAUCGAGAGCUCGGAAAAGCGGGGGGCGGCCAUCCGUGCCAAAAACAAGGAGCUCCUCCUGUCGCUCGGGAAGAGGGAACUGGCCAUGAAACAGAUGCAAAAGGUCAGCGCCUCCCUCAAGGCCGACAUCAAGGCCAAGAAAACCCUCGUCGACAACGUUCGAAGCGGCAAGGUGAACCUCGUGCAGACCAAGCUGGCCGAGAACCCCACCACCAGAGUCCGGGACACCAUCGAGAUCCUCGGCCUGACCGCGGACAUGAGGAGGGACCAGCUCAACCAGAAGCGGAACAGCAACACGUCGAGCAACUGGGUGCAGAGCCUGCCGGCGGUUCCCCCUCCCCUCCGCAGGAGCCUCUGGUACAAGAUGCACCGCCGCCGCCAGCAGAUCGUCCUGCGGCCCACCUUUGCGUCCAUGGCGAACAGCAUGAGGAGCGAGAUCGCGGCCAAGCUGAACGCGAGCGAAACCGCCGUCCGGAACACCAAGGCAAGGCUCGAGGAAGAGCUCGUCAGGGCCGAGCAGGCCUACCUGCUGGCCACCCACCCCUUUGAAAAAGACGACGAAACCAUCCCCUCCGUUCCGUCGGCUUCGGUGUGGGCCGAACCGGGUACGUUCGAUGCACCUUGAGCGCCUGAAGGCUUGAGGAAGCAAGCAUGCUAUCCUUGGGGCACUGCGCGCGGGCAACUCACCGUUUCUUUUCUCUCUCUCUCUCCAUCUCUUUAGGCUGGUACCUAAAACUCGGGGUCGACAGGGACGAUGGUUCGGACGACAGGAUUCUUCCGUGUCCUCCGCGGCAGCCACUGGUCCAGCACAAUCUUUCCGAGCUCUACUCGGCCCCCGGAAGCCAGGCGGCGUCGAUGAUCAACAGCACGCACCUGAGAUCUCUCGAAACCCCCCUGUCGGCGGUCGCGACGGCGACGAGCCUUGCCGAAACGGAUCCCGCCAUGGCGAAAUCCGCGGAUCGUAAGUACACACACACACACGGACGAUCACUUUGUCGACGAACCAAAAAAAUCUUUCUCGUUCUUGCCGGUUUCGUACCCCUUUUCGCAGCUCACGCUUGUCCGCCGUUUUCCAUCGAUAGCCAACCAAACCAGCAACGAUCCCCUGAGGAUGACACGCGACACACUGAAACUUGGCUACGCCUUCAGCAUCAGCAAGGCACAGGCCAUCAAGUCUUCGUCGGCAAGACGAAAGUCUUCGUCUACGAAGGACACUCCAUCGCCUUCUGUCAAGGCGAGCAAGAAGAGGCAGUCGGCCAGCAUGUCCUCCGAUUCCGGGGUUUCGAAACAGAGCUCCGCAAGCAUUUCGAACACGACAAGGGUGGAAAAGUCCAAGAAACGAAAAACCAACGCACAGAUCGAGACUCCCCGCCCAUUCCCAGUGGUUGUGCAGAGACAGAGAGCCGAACCGCCGAGAAAGAUCCCCGUGGACGACGCCGCGUUCCGGCCCAGGCCCAUCAUGACCCAGCCGCAACAGCAGCAGCUCCAACAGCAACAACAACACCAGCAGCAGCACCAACCAAAACACCAGCAGCAGCAGCAGCAACACCGGGAGCAACAGCACCACCACCAACAGCAGCCGCAACAGCACCAACAGCCACAGCACCAACAGCAGCACCAACAGCAGCACCAACAGCAGCACCAACAGCAGCACCAGCACCAGCAGCAAAUACCACAACAGCAGCAGCAACCACAGCAACAGCAACCGGCACCGUUCCUGCAGCAACCGAUGCCUCAGCAGCAACAAAACCCGUACAACAACCAGUUCAUGAACGCCAUGCCGUCGCCUGUAGCGCCACAGCAGCAGCAAGCGGCCCACCGGGGAUCCUUCAACCAGUUCCAGAACAUGGGGAACCAGUUCCGAAUGAUGCAGCAGCAACAGCAGCAGCAACAACAACAGCAACAAUCGCACCACCACCAGCGCCACCAGCAACAUCACCCGCAGCACCAGAACCAGCAAAACGUGAACUACGCCCAGAUCCAGCCGCAGGCCAUGCGGCCAAACCCCCAGUUUUUUCCACAGAUGACGGCCCAGCAACAAUUUCAGAUGCCGGGACAGGGAGGAAUGUCCAUGAAAGUUCCGGGGAACAGCCAGGUGCGACAGGACGAUCAGAACGAUCCUCUGUUCAUGUUAAAAGAUAUGUAAAACAUUCAUUUAUUUUUUCAAUCGUAAGACAUCUCAACAGUUAGAACACGAGCGUAUUGCAUCGCCACGCCAAAUAAAUUCGAAAAGCAAUA